AUGGACAAAUCAUGGAUAACAAUGCCACGAAAUACAUCUAUGUAUGAGGAGGGAGUUCGGGGAUUUAUUAACUUUGCAUAUGAAAAUUGUGGUGUUGAAGGUGAAAUAAUAUGUCCUUGUCCGGUAUGUGGAUUUAGAAAGUGGCAGCCAAGAGAUGUUGUCUAUGAUCAUUUAAUUUGCAAACAAUUCCCUAGAGGAUACACUUUUUGGUUCUACCAUGGUGAGUCAAGGAUGGAGGAAAAUAGUAAUGUCAAUGCCACACAUUUACCAAAUGUAGAACAAAACAACUUGGUUGAUGAAGAUCCAAUACAAAACAUGAUAAAUGAUGCAUUUGGAGUUGAUAUCCUCCGUGAGAAUGAGCAUGACUUUGACAUAGAUGAAGACAUUGCCCUUGAUGAUGGAACCACAUCAAAUGAAGAUAAAGAUUUCUUUGAAUUAGCAAAAGAUGGAGAACAACCUCUGUAUGAAGGAUGUAAGAAAUACUCAAAACUCUCUUUUAUGCUGAAGUUAUAUCACAUCAAAUGCUAUUGUGGGAUGACUGACAAGGCUGUUACAAUGAUAUUGGAGCUACUACAAGAUGCAUUUGAAAAUGCCAAUUUGCCAACUUCAUUCUAUGAGGCAAAGAAAACUAUUUCAAAGUUGGGUUUGGAUUAUGAAAAGAUACAUGCUUGUCCAAAUAAUUGUAUGCUUUAUUGGGGUGUGGAUGAUGUAGAUAUGCAAAGUUGCAAAGUUUGCAAGUUGUCCAGAUGGAAACCAAAGGCUACGGGUGGUCAAGAUUUACAAUCUGAUGGUAAGAAGAGUAAGAAUAACGUUCCUGCAAAAGUUGUUCGUUACUUUCCAUUGAAGCCACGAUUGCAGAGGUUGUUUUUAUCGUCCAAGACUGCUAAAGAUAUGAGAUGGCACGCCAUGGAUGAUAACAAUGAUGGCAUUAUGAGGCAUCCUAGGGAUUCUGAAGCAUGGAAGAGGUUUGAUUUAAUCAACACUGAAUUUGCAUCAGACCCACGCAAUGUACGUCUCGGAUUAGCUACUGAUGGUUUUAAUCCAUUUGGCAACAUGAGUUCUAAUUAUAGCAUCUGGCCAAUUGUAUUGGUUCCAUACAACACCCCUCCUUGGGUGUGCAUGAAGUCAACUUCUUUUAUUAUGUCAACAAUCAUACCUGGGAAACGAAUGCCUGGAAAUGACAUUGAUGUUUAUCUACAACCUUUAAUGAAAGAGUUGAAGGAAUUGUGGCACAAUGGUGUGGAUGCAUAUGAUUCAUUUACCCGAGAGAUGUUCAAACUGCAUGCGGCAUUAAUGUGGACUAUUAGUGACUUUCCUGGCCUUGGAACUUUAUCUGGGUGGAACACCUACACUGGAUUAGCUUGUCCAACAUGCAACUUUGACUCAAUACCUUGUCGACUUCCUCAUAGUCGGAAAUGGUGUUUUAUGGGUCAUCGACGUUUUCUUGAUCAAAGACACAAGUUUAGGUUGAAUAGGCCUCACUUUAAUGGGAAGCAAGAGCUCCGUGAGUCACCUAAAGUAUUAACUGGUACUGAUAUUCUUCAACAAGUUCAAAAUGUUCAUGUGACCUUCGGUCGAAAACAGAAAAUUGGAGGAAAGGGGAAAAAAAGACGUGGUAGUGGACGUGUUACAAAGGUCAGCACUCAACAAUGGAGAAAAAAAAGCAUUUUUUUUGAGCUUCCAUAUUGGGAGCACAACUUGUUGCGUCAUAAUCUUGAUGUCAUGCAUAUUGAAAAGAAUGUGUGUGACAACAUUAUAUAUACCUUGCUAAAUGAUAGUGCAAAGUCCAAAGAUCACAUUCAUGCUCGAAAAGACCUUAAAGAAUGGGAUUGUAAGCCUGACCUUUGGCCAGAUGGAAACGGCAGAUAUCCUCCCGCAAUCUACACAAUGACCAAUGAAGGCAAGAAGGCAUUUUUAAAUACAUUAAAGAAUGUUACCGUGCCAGAUGGUUAUGCAAGCAACAUUUCUCGUUGCAUUGAUGUGGAGCCUCUUCGAUUGAAUGGGAUGCUAAAAAGUCAUGAUUGUCAUAUAUUAAUGCAUCAACUGCUACCAUUGGCCAUGCGCACUGCAUUGCCUGAACAAGUAUCAAGGAUUUUAAUUGAAUUGUGCUCAUUCUUUAAACAAAUUUGUAGUAAGGUGUUAAGUAUCACAACUUUAGAAAGACUCCAAAAUGAGAUUGUUCUCACUUUAUGCCAUAUGGAGAUGUUAUUUCCCCCUUCAUUCUUCACAGUAAUGGUUCACUUAGUUGUUCACCUUGUUGAUGAAGCUAAGCAUGGAGGCCCUGUCCAUUAUCGAUGGAUGUAUCCAAUAGAGCGGUACUUAGGACAAUUAAAGUCCUAUGUAAAGAACAAGGCAAGACCGGAAGGGUCUAUAGCAGAAGGUUACUUAAUGCAAGAGAUUCUCACAUUUUGUUCAAGGUAUCUAGAUGAUAUUGAGACUAGAUUUAAUCGUCCAGAUCGUGUCGAUGAUGCCCCAAAUCAAGAAUUGCCAAAAACACGAGUACAUGAAUUGUUUCCCCAAGUAGGGAAGCCGAUUGGCGGUGCUUCAUAUUUCAACCUCACACCAAUGGAAAUGCUGCAAGCACAUAGACAUGUCCUAAUUAAUUGUCCGGCAGUUGAUCCCUAUCUCCAGGAAUUUCGAACUGAGGUGCGGAGGCAGCUCAGACCUCGUACACGAAAUCCUGCUCAUAUUGAUAAGAAGGUUCAUAGAGAGUUUGUUGAAUGGUUCUCUAAACGGAUUGUUAAAGAUAUUGACCUACUGAGUGAAUCAGAUAAAGAUAUUAUGCUUUUUCUUGGUCAAGGUCCAAUUAGCCAAGCUAGAAGGUUCAAUGCAUACAAUGUAAAUGGGUGCAGAUUUCGAACCUUGACACGAGAUCGGGGCUUGAAAACACAAAAUAGUGGGGUAUUUGGUACAUUUGGAACUAGAAGUUAUUCAAGUAAUAGUGAUAGUCAAAUGAGGUUUGGAGAUGUCUUAUACUAUGGGAAACUGAUGGACAUUAUAGAGAUCAAUUAUAAUUGCUUAUUCACAGUUACUUUGUUCAAGUGUCAAUGGGCUAAUACCACUAAUCCUAGAGGCAUCAAAAAAGAUAAUCUGGGAUUUACUUCAAUUAAUUUCACCAGACUAAUACAUACAGGUGAACAUGAAGAUGAUGAGCCAUACAUCAAAGCAUCUGAAGCUCAAAUGGUUUAUUUUGUGGACGAUGAGAAAGAAAAAGGUUGGAGCAUACCUAUUCAUUUGAAACCAAGAGAUUUGUACGACAUGGGUGAAGAUGAAGAAGACAUUAUGCCAUCCAUUGAGUUAUAUCCAUCCCAAAACUUGGAACAAAUUUUGUUUGAUGAUGCUAUGCAUAUUCUUUUAACAAGACCUAAUGUGGAUGAUGACAAUCCCACCUUGACCAUUAACCAGGUUAAAUUUCAGCACAAGAUUGAGAAAGGGAGCGCUCUCGCACUAGGACUUCUUGCCAUCAAGGUUGGAAGUGAAAGAGAUAGCCAUGAUUCAAAUGGGAUUUCUGAGUGA